CCAGCUUACAUACAAAAACUUAACCAAAAACUGCUAAGUCGAAAAAGGGGCAUAAUUUUGAAAAAAUGCAAAGUAGAGUUAAGGGACCUACACAGUGCAUGUCAGAUCUUGACAGUGAACAAGUGUGUGAAGUUUCAAUCCAUUCCCAUUAGUGGGUACUGAGAUACCAGCUUACAUACAAAGCCUUAACCAAGAAUUUCUAUGUCGAAAAGGGGACAUAAUUUUGUAAAAAAGCAAAAUGGAGUUAUGGAACCUGUCCAAUGUAGGUCAGUUUAUCACAGUGAAUAAGUGUGUGAAAUUUCAAUCCAUUCCCACAAGUGGUUACUGAGAUACCAGCUUACAUACAAAACCUUAACCAAGAAUUUCUAAGUCGAAAAGGGGACAUAAUUUAGUAAAAAUGCAAAAUAGAGUUAUGGAACCUGUGCAGUGUAGGUCAGUUUAUCAUAGUGAAUAAGUGUGUGAAGUUUCAAUCCAUUCCCACAAGUGGUUACUGAGAUACCAGCUUACAUACAAAACCUUAACCAGGAAUUUCUAAGUUGAAAAAGGGGCAUAAUUUUGUAAAAAAGCAAAACAGAGUUAUGGAACCUGUGCAAUGUAGGUCAGUUUAUCACAGUGAAUAAGUGUGUGGAGUUUCAAUCCAUUCCCACAAGUGGUUACUGAGAUACCAGCUUACAUACAAAACCUUAACCAUAUCGGGACGCGGACGCCGACGCGGACGCGGACGCCGACGCAUGGGUGAGUCCAAUAGCUCUACUAUUCUUUGAAUAGUCGAGCUAAAAAUCGGUUGUUUCUAUUUAUUUUUGCUUAACAUUCUGCUAUUAUCUUAUCAAAAUUGCCUUCAAUUUUCUAGCGGUGCUGAAAGUUUCAGGUGAUAAUAUUAAAUAAUGAAUACAUUAUCACUGUGUAAGUAACGCCUAAAUUUUGCGGUGUGUACUUCAUCACUACUGGACUUGCCUACGGUUGCCGGUGUCCCGGACUGUGCGCUUGUAUGCCACCAUAGGUCCCUAACACAUACACAAAAGAAUGCUUUUAAUGUUUGUUUUGUAAUGUUCUUAAUUGUGUCCUUCAAAACGUUAUUUUGAGGCCAUUUAUAUUAGUUCUAUUUAGAUUAAAGAUUAUACUGUUUAAAAUUUGCUAAAAUUGAGUAAAAUUCGAUAAAAUUGGUAAAUUUUGAUAAAAUCAGAAUCGGCCUUUGCCGAAAAAUGUCAACACAAAGACUCGGAUUUCUGACUUUUAUUUGUACCAAAAUAUCUUUAAAAUUCUGUUCUAAAAUUAAAGUUAAAAAUAAUUUAGUUAAAACCGAUGACCAUCUUUGCCGAAAUGUAAAGUGGGUGCGAGCUUUUGUCUCCUAAUUUUUAAAAUCAUGGUCUGAAAUUGGGUUAUAUAUGGCUUAAAAUUUGUAUUGGUUUAUAAGGUUUCUUCAAUAAGAGCUACCAUAAAUUGUAAAAUUUUAAUCGGUAAUAUCAACAAUAAGAGCUUGAAAUAUUAUAUAAUUUUCUGCAAACGAUUUUUUCGCCGGGGGCUCUGCCCUGGACCCGAUAGGGACCUAAGCGGUCCCCAUACCCCUCACCUUUUUGGUGAAUCCUCUUUUCUUUAGGCCUUCCUACGCGCCUGCCUUAGGAACUCAUCUGUAGAUUACUGUUAUUGUUUCUAUUUCAUCAGCACUGUCAGUUCAAUCACCAAUCAUUUUCGCUCUUCGUUCCAAAAAAAAAAAAAAAAAAUACCACAUUAAGUGCUACCGCAAUAUACAUACGGUAUGAUAUAUCAUUGAAUGUACAAAACUGAUCAUCAAACAAAAUUUCUUAAAACGUCGUUUUUCUACGGACCUGCAGCUGAAGAAAAUAUCAUGUGCAGAUUAUUGUAUACCAUUAUUCAUACUUAUAGUUGAAAGAUAGGAAUGUCAGUGGCAGGAAAAAUUCUCCUUUUGGUCAGUGAGCAUUAUGUAUUGUAAAAAUUACCCUUGGUAUGUGUAGCAUGCUGAGACUUUGAGAUUUCAAACUUUACACAUAUACGAGACCGUCAAUGAUAACACUAUAUAUACCAAUGGCCUCGACAAACAGAAACUUUCGUUUUUGUGUUACAACUUUUUUGUUUGUGUAAUUCUAAAAGCGAUAGUUUACAAAGGUAAGACGCUUAUUAAAAUACAGCAAAUCAUAGAAGGUUCUAUAGAACUAUAAGUAUCAAAAUAAUGUGCUUCAGGUUACAUAUUCUGGUGACAAUUUUCUACAGGAUAUAUCUGUCCGUAACGUGAACAUCUAAUUUUAUUAAGUUGUUUUUGUUGUUGUUGUUGUUGUUGUUGUGUUUUUUUUGCAUAGGACUAUAAACUAAAUAUUGUUUUGUUGUUGUUUCCAUGUGUUUAGUUGAUGUCUCACGAUCUCCAUAUUUUGACAAAUGCUAAUAAACCCGUGCAGCCGCAGCAUUAUCAUUUUAUUAGAACCGUCGUAAACUACAAAUAUUUCGGACAUGUACAACACAUGUCGUAGCCAAUGCUUUGUUGAAACAUUUGUGUAACAUGAAUUUUUAUACAUGGCGAUAGCUGAACAAAAACCGUGCGAAAAUAGCAUGAACAUUCCGUGUUAAGAUAAUUGCACGAGUUAGCUAUGAUCUAGGCUUGUUUAAACAGUAUUAACAACGUACUGGAGUUAGAUGCUUGUGACCUUUUCUUUGAUGUGUGGUAGAUUAUAUCAAUCAGAUAAAGUACUAGUAUUAUGAUUUAUGUGGUCUCUAAAUUUGACAAAUAUUUCAUAAAAUAUGUUAAAAUAUGUUAAAAUAUCGCGGCUUUGCAAUAUUUAUUACUGUUGACAUCAAUAAUUGCAUUACUAGUAGACAGCUGAUUAUAUAAACAUCGUAGGAGGUAAUGAACAUUAAAAAUGCAGCCGUUUUGCAAAUUCAGCUCAGUUAUUUGAGAGGUAUUUUUAUCUACUUUACUUUUGGCAGACCAAAAACUCUGUAUUUUAUUGCUAAGCUGUUGGAGUGAAGUUAGAGGUAUGCAACUUAUUUCUUUCCCUUAACCAAGAGGAAGCCUCGAGAGACAUGCAAACUUUGGCCUUUUAACAAUAAUAAGCACCUAUGUCUGAUGAAGAUGAAUAAGCCCGAUACCCUAAAUUAAACGGUAUUAAAAAUGCAUUAUAUGCAAUGUAAAUAUCAACUUUUUACUCGAACUAACCGCUCUUUGGCGGAGACAAAUAUAAGUUAGUGCGAAUAUUUACAAAAUACAUGAAUAAAACAUAGCUGAAAAAUAUAAUUAUUGCAUUUCAAAAAAAACAACUAAGGUACUGGCUUUGUGAAUGAACAAGUAUUGUUCAAUCAGUAGUGUUAUAUGGCCAAAUAAAACGAACUGAUUUGGCCGACAACCUUCUCUUUUUUUUCGCUAGAAAUUUAGUGUAAAGUUUAUUUUCUAUCAAAAAUCUUAAAGUACUGCUGCACCUAUACAGGAAAUAAUUAAGAUUAUUCGAUAGCUUUUAUUGAUAUGAUAAAUACCAGAAUGUUGAAGAAUUUAAAAAGAAUUGGCUUAAUUAUGAAAUCGAACAUAAUCCCCAAACAGGGCACAGGAACCGUGUGAAUCCCGCUGAAAUACCAGUGUCUGUUCGGGUGCCCAUACCUGCACCCUAUAAAUAAUAUAAUAUAAUAAUAUAAGCAAGUUCAUUGAAAAUAAGUAUUCAUGCCGGAUUUAAGUUGCAAGUCGUAAAUUUCAGUUUACCGGUAUUAGAGAUUUUCAACUUACUUCGACGCGGACUGUGGACAGCGGACUGCGUACUUACAGUAAGGGUUUUCUCAAAAUAUUUAAAGGUUCGCAAGAAAGAAAACAUACUUAUGAUAUAUAUGUUUCUUUUACCUAUAUAUCUUCAUUGUAGAAAUAAGUAUAUUGUGAUAUAAUUAUACAAUACAUACGUUUGAAAAUAUAUGAAUAGUGAACAGGCUACAUUUAACAUACGUAAUCGCAAAUUUCAGAUGUCAUCUAAAUACUCAGUCGCAUUUUACUUGCCGUUAGCAUGUUCUUCAAAUAUCCGUAUGCUUUAACAUUUUGUUUUGAUAUCGAGACAUUUCUGGCGUUACCUAUCUUUCGUGCGACUCGAACUACACGAUAUGUGAAGUUCGAACCCACGUAUUCUCGGCUUCACACAUCCGGGUAUUUUGGUCGAUAAGAGUUACGCGCCCCUUGACGACUGGGUUAAACAAAUGCCAUUUUCGCUGUAUAGUACUGUUAAGACCGGAAGAUAUCUAUUGAUUUUCUCAAUAUAUUGGACGAUUCUGAAAUAAUAAAUAUGCCAAAUACUUGCUGUGCCGUUGGUUGUAGUAACCACGGCAGAAUGCUAAAGAAAUUAUCGUUUUUCACAUUUCCAAAUGAUGAAGAACGGAGGGAAAAGUGGAUCAGUGCUGUGAAACAAGUAAAUUCAGAUGGUACAAAAUGGCUACCUAGCAAAUACACAGUAUUAUGCAGCGACCAUUUCAUUCAAGGGAAACCCAACAGAGACCCGGCACAUCCGGAUUUUGUACCUUCAUUAUUCGGGUAUGUAAAGACGACACCAAAGGAGACCGACGCAAAAUUGAAAAGAUUCGCUAGUGCUGUUAAACGCAAAAUAGCUUUCAGCACUCCCAUUCCUGCUAAACGUCAGCGGAAAGUAUUAUCCCCUUUGGUAGAGAAUGUAGAAGAAGUAUACUUCGCAACACCUCUGAAUUCAAAAACUGGAUACGAUAGAGACAUCAACAAUACUGAACGCUACCAGUAUGACUUUGAAAUAAACAGUCUUAGAACAGAGAAAGACAACCUAAAAUCUGAAAAUAAUCACCUGAAGGAGGAAGUUAAAUGUGCUAACUUGAGUUAUAAAAGUGUAGUUGAUGAUGAUGACAGGUGUAAAUUUUACACUGGGUUGUCAUGGGAAACAUUCUUGGUUACAUUUCAGUUUUUAGCCUCUUUUGUGAAGGCAGCCCCAAUUAACAGAAAGGUGGUUUUAGAGGAUCAGCUUUUUAUGACAUUAUUUAAACUAAGACAUGACAUGGCUUUUGAGAUUUUUGCUGAUUUGAAGGAUGUUUCAGUGGCUACUGUUAGUAAUAUAUUUUGGAAGUGGAUAAACUUGAUACAUGCUAAAUCAAAUUUUCUGAUAAAAUGGCCAGAACGGGAAACUCUGGUUGCCACACUACCCGUUCCUUUCAAAAUGAAAUUUAUGAGACAUACCUCAGUUAUUGACUGUUUUGAAAUAUUCAUCGAAAGGCCUAAAAAUUUGAAGGCACGUGCAAAAUGUUACUCGAUUUACAAGAAACACAGCACAGUUAAAGUGUUUAUAGUAUGGAAGUUUGCGGGUGUCCGACCACAGUUGGUGGUUCAAAAUGCCUCAUGAGGGUCCCGUGCUCAGUUUGGG